GAGCGCUCGGGGGGGGGGUGGCGGGGCGGGAUGCGCUGCCCGGCGGGGCCGGUCGCGGCCCCCGAUGGGAUGUAGCGGGCGGCUGCUGGGACCCGUCGGGGGCCGCCGCGCCUCGCUGCUCCUCACCAUGAUCCUCUUCUUCACCUACUUCUUCUACUGCCUGCCCGGGCCCUGCGAGCCUCUGCCGCCCGCCCUGCUGCUGCCGCCGCCCGCCGCCCUCCCCGACGGGCCGGGGGACGCGGGGCCGGGGGUGGCGGGGGGAGGCGGCAGCCGGCGGUUCCCCCAGGCCAUUAUCGUGGGGGUGAAGAAGGGAGGGACGCGGGCGCUGCUGGAGUUUCUGCGGGCGCACCCGGGCGUGCGAGCCGUGGGUGCCGAACCCCACUUCUUCGACAGGUGCUACGAGAAGGGGCUGCGCUGGUACAGGAGCCUGAUGCCACGCACACUGGAGGGGCAGAUCACGAUGGAGAAGACCCCCAGCUACUUUGUCACCAAGGAGGCUCCUCGGCGCAUCUACAACAUGUCUCGGGACACUAAGCUGAUUGUGGUGGUGAGGAACCCGGUCACCCGCGCCAUCUCGGACUACACACAGACACUCUCCAAAAACCCCACCAUCCCCAGCUUCCAGACCCUGGCCUUCAAAAACCUCAGCACGGGACUGAUUGACACGAGCUGGAGCGCGGUGAGGAUUGGGAUCUACGCCAAGCACCUGGACAACUGGCUGCAGUAUUUCCCCCUCUCCAAAUUCCUCUUUGUCAGUGGGGAGAGACUCGUCAGUGACCCAGCAGGGGAGAUGGGCCGUGUCCAGGACUUUCUGGGUCUCAAGAGGGUGGUGACAGACAAACAUUUCUAUUUUAAUGAGACCAAGGGCUUUCCCUGCCUGAAGAAGCCUGAGGGCGGCAGCAAGCCCCGCUGCCUGGGGAAAUCCAAGGGGCGGCCGCACCCCAAAAUCGACGGGCAGGUGGUCCAGCGCCUGCGGGAGUUUUACAGACCCUUCAACAUGAAGUUUUAUCAGAUGACAGGGCAGGACUUCGGGUGGGACUGAACUGUCCAUGGGUCACAAUAACGCACCAAGACCCAUCUGCCUGGCAGUGCACAGAGUCAGUACUGUGGUCUGGGGAUGCUCCUGGAUGUCAUGGUCCAGGGAUGUUCCUGGACGCCAUGGUCCAGGGAUGCUCGCAGAUGCUGUAGUCCAGGGAUGCCCAUGGCCACCCCACCAGCAACUUCCUCCCUUCAUUCUAAUUUAUAUUGGACCUUUUUUGGCCAGAAAUGGACCUUUCUGGAGUAGAGAGAAAUAUUUAAGAAAUAAAACCACAGAUGACCCCUCUCCUCUCCCUGACCAGAUUAAAUAUUCUUCCAUAUAAA